CCUAGUUACCGGCGAGACCAAAACAAAGUAGUCGCUGAAUAUUUUUAUUAGUGUCACUGUGCAUCGCUUGCCGACUGCGGGAAGUUCUAAAGGAAUGCUUUCCCAGUAUUUUUAUUUGCUAAACGACUGAAAAUGGAUAUUAACGUGAAUGAGUUUAUGAGAAAGAGCACAAAAGCUUACAAUUUUCAGUAUCUCGACAUUAAUCAUUUGGACCGAAUCAUUCGCAAUGUUCAAAAAAAUUCCGAUGUGCAAAUUGAACUACCGGUUGCCAGAGAAAUACCAGCUGAAUCGAAACAGGGAAACGUUCGAAUGCUUUCAGAUAAUGAAAUAGAUGAAAUAUUACGAACAGCUGAAAUGGAUCUUCAGGAGGAACCAGUUCCAGAUGAGGAAUCAGUUCGGAUGGAGGAACCAAUCUCUUUCGUUAUUGAUGAGAAUCGACCAACAGAAGCGGAAGAUGACGAGUUCAGUGACGAAGCAUCCACGAUUUGUUCCUCUUCAGCUUCGUCCGUAUUUUGUUCACCUUCGAAGGACACAUUUCAAGCGACUUCGGAUGAGCUAACCGCAGACAUCGAAGAUAAUUUGAUUGGUGAUGAAGAUUAUGAUUUCAACGAUUCUGUGAUGAUCUCCAAGAAUCCACCGGUAGUUGCGUCCAGGUCCAUGGAGAACUGUUUCGAGUUUUUAGAUUCCGAAUCAAUUGUUGAAGAGCUGGAGGAGAAUAACGAAAACGAUGGUGAUUCGGAAGGAUCGAUAAAUGUGGCACCUGUGAUUCGGGUACGGUCCCCUGUGAGACCGGCUUCAGCGAUUAUCAAGACCUAUGAGGUAGAAGACACCGAUCCAGUGACUAGUAUUCAGCCAAUCUUAGACUUUGCUGCGAUUGAACGCAGUAACAAAAGUAGCCACGGUAGCAAACAGGAGCCAAUACCGAAAAUUCCUUCUAAUAGCUUAAUACGGCAAGCGUCGCGAAAGUCACUAGUUGAAGAGUUUGAUACGUUCGUUAAAAUUACUGAACUGCAGAAAAAGGCGUGUUUGUUGAUUGAUGAUAUUCGGCACUGCUUGGGGAAGGAAGUUGAAGAACCCGAAGACGAGUACGAAGAACGAAAGCGAGAAAAGCGAACUACCGAAUUUUUUAUUAGAUUUCAAAGAAAUUAUCUGUACCAAAUCAAUCGAUUGGAAGAAGAUGUUUAUAUAAUGGCCAAAAAUUCAUUUGAGUUCGCCCAAAAAGUUUACCAAUUGUAUAAGCUUAUUUGUCAAGGCCUUAAAUUUUACUUGAAAAAUAUGAAAUACUUUGUCAUCAACGUAAGCCCGGAUAAACUUUGGACGUUGGUGAAACAAAUAAUUAGUUCAACGAAGGUCUGCAUGCAGAAAGGAAUCUUUGACGAGGAUGAUUUGAUAGUCGAAGAAAUCAACGAAAAGUGUCAACUGUUAAAAUACUCUUUGAAAGAGGAAGCAAGUAGGAAAAAGAGGAAGGAUUAUUCACGAAAACGAUCUAAAGUUUCAAGUCACCCUUCGGCAUCACCGAUGCUGACCACAAAACUGUCAAUGUAUGGUGUAACAACUUCCGUUCAGAAACGUAGUGUACCUACUCAUAAAAGUAUAAGCUCUGUUACCAAAAAGUCUUCAAGCUCAAAACCUCACCACGCCAAACAACCGCCAAAGGAUACUACGAAAAAGCCACAAUGUGGCAAAAUCAUUGCCGUUCCUGUUACCAAAUCAAGUUCUUCCUCGCUUGGUCAAAGCAAAAGUAGAACCCGGGUGCGUUCGGCACGGACACCAGCUGGGACCAUUGACGAUGUAGUGACUCAAGUUCAGCAUCAGUCUGAUCCGCUGGCCAACUCCCGGCUGCUGAAGGAAGUGUCCAGUGCUCUGACGAAGAUGUCCACUAGCCGAGACGCGGCCAUUAGUCCGGAAGUUAACCAACAGCUGCGGCAGUUGAUCAUGGAUACGAUUCAGAACAUUACCCAGCAGCAGCUGAAACAGUUGAUCCCGUCACUGGAGGUAAGUUUGAUUUCUUUCAUAAUACGGUGCUUUUCUUGUAGGUUAUUUAUUUAAAUUAUAUAAAAACACUUUCGAACAAUAAACUUGUAGCACAUUAACAGCAAAGAUUUAAAGGUGAAAAGAGAGAGAGGAUUUUUGUUCAUUUCUUUCUGCUUGUGUUGAAAUUCUAUUGGA